AUGGAAUCAUUGGUUGUAAAAGCUCAAAGUUUAAUCAAGUCCAGAAUGUUCUCAAGUAGUGCAUAUGUGGGCGAUGUUGGUAAAUCAAAAGCGUCUGAUAUAUCUGACAAGUCAUUGUUCGCGAGCAAUACGCCUGUCGGUAAUAUAGCAAUGAAUAUGGCCACCUAUAUAAUGCAAAGAUAUCAUACGUUGAUUAGUAUAUGUGAUAGUCGAUCUGAAACAUCUCAAACUGCACAAAAGAUGGUUGAAGAAUUAUUAAAUUCAUGCCGAAAUUAUGAUCAUUGGGCUUGUGAAUUUCGAAUCAAAUUGUCUGAUGUAGAUUUUAUGCUGAAUUCAUAUGAUUCUCAUUCCAUCCCCUUACAAGAAUCAGACAGAUAUUCAUCAAUUCGGUUAUCUAUAGUUGAUCUAGAAACUAGAAUUGAAUCAGGUGAGAGUUUUGUUCAACAUAUUAAAGAUUGGACAGAUCAUUAUAUGACAGAAUUAUUAGUACAGGUUAACCAGCGACGUUCAGAACUCGAAACUCUAAGCCGUUUAGCUAAGAUAAGCAAUGAAAAUUCCGAUCAUGACAAUGAGUUAUUGCAUUGUGAUUGCAAACUGAAGAGUGUUACAAGUUAUGCUGAGACGGAUUACCAAGUACUUAAGGAGAUGGUUCGGUCAUUACGCAAUCGGUUUGAAAAAAUCAUCCAAAAUGUUAAUCAACGAAGUUUAUCACGAGACAAAUUCACCGCAUGGAUUGAUACUACGGAAAGUCAAUUGGAUUUGAUUAAUACCCAUAUGAAUCUGUCUGGUUUGUCCAAGAUCAUUUUGGAAGCACCCAUGGAUGAUUUUGACAGAUUGAUAGAAAAGGUUAUAAAUUAUAUGCUUACUGCUUCAGAAUCAAUCACUCAGUUAACUGUAGACAUUAGAAAACAAGGUGCAGAGAUUAAGAAUUCAGACUAUACCGAUGAAAAUUUACGAAAUCGUUUUGAUCAAUUGACUGAAAAUAUUCAUUCAACUCAUCAAGAUAUUUCAAGUUGUUUAAAAUUGUUCCAUCAGUUUCAAAAUGAAGUACAAAACUUCUCCAGUUGGAUAUCAGAUUGCGAAAAUAAAUUUAUUCGUCUAUCCGAUGGUGAUUCGAAUCAACUGGCAAUGUUUCUUCAGUCAAACAGUUCAAUAAUGAUCAUGAAUGAUAAUGAUAAUGAUACUGAACAAAUCAUGCAUCAACUAGAUAUUUCUUGUCGACAUUCAAUAUGUCAGCUUACUGAAGCUAAACACAAGUUAUUGAUUAUAAAAGAAAUUAGCUCAUCUCUUGAGAAUCGAGGUCACCAGUUGAACAAACAAUUAAUUGAAUCUGGUGAACAAUUAACUAGCAAGUUGAAAAUUCUGGAAGAGUUUUCCAUGGGAGGAGUUCAAACUAGGUCCGUUGGAGGGGAAGAUGUUGGAAGAUCCCUUAGCACAUUAGAAUCAUCAGAUCGUUUAAGCGUAAUCAUUCAAAAUUAUAUAGAUCAAUUACAAUGUCGUUUAAUCAGAUUGGACAAAAUUCAAACUGUUUUCACUAUCAAUUUAACUGAGUUAGUAGAUUGUUGGUCUGACUGGAAAAAUAGUUUUGACAGAUUAAUUGAUUGGUUGAAUGGAACUGCUACAAAUCUAAGGCGCCCAAUUUUCCAUUCACUCGAUUCUUUAUCAACUAAACAACAAUUGGCUAACAGUUUGAAGGCAUUUUAUCAAGAUUGUGUUGGAAAGAAGGUGGAUUUUGAUAUGUGCUUGUUAAAAGCUAAUCAUUUGAAAAGUUUGGCAUCAAGUUGUAAUUUACCUGAUCAAAGUGAACAAUUAUUUGAACAAUAUAGGAAUACAUUGGAUACAGCAUAUGCUGCGUUACAACAAAUGCAAAAUGCAGUUGAAAUUCAUGAACAAUUCGAUCAAGUUGUAUCCCGUACUACUCAAUGGCUUGAAAGUUUGACUUCAAAGCUGAAUAAUCUGUCUGCUAAUGACAAUACUGAUCGUGUUGGAUUAGAGCAAAAUUUACUGACCUGUCAAAAUCUUUCAGAAACUAUCAAAUGUCAAUCAGAAACUUAUAUUUCUCAAUUAGUUGAAUUGGCCGAUCAAGUUUGCCGUACGACUGAUUCAAUGACAAAUAAAGAAAUAUUAGAUAAGGUCGAUGUAUUUCGUCAAUUAAUUCGUCAAAAUAUACAACAGUUAACAGAUAUUCAAUUAAGCAUUGAAUUAAAAUUAAAUACAAUAAAUGAUUGGGAAAAUGUAAAAUCUGUCAUUGUCAGUAUUUUGAAUUCAAUAUCACAAACGAUACUAACAGUUUUAUUGGAAGAGAAGACAUCUAUAGAACAAAUUCAACCAAUGACAUCAACUGUUUUACUAACUAUAAAAGAGGAAACUUUAAAAAAAUUUGACAAUGUCAAGCAAGAAUUGGAACCAGUUCAAUUAAAAAUUGAUGAAUUAAAGAAAUAUACAGAGAAAUAUAUCGAAUUUGAGCAUAAAUUAAAUGUCACGCAACAAGUUGAUCAACUAUUUGAUAAAUACUCUAAAAUGCAAAAGGAAGUUGAAAUUUGCUUAGUUAAAACUAACAAAGAAUUACAAAAUCUUCGUACAUUUCAUACAAAAAUUGAUGAAUCCAAAAAUUGGAUACUACAAAUCUCUUUAAAAUUAAUGGCUAUUCAUGCUACCGAUCCGGAUGGACCAAAAGGUGUUAUACGUUUAGGACAAGCAGAAAAUGAAUUACGUAAACGUCUCAUUACAUAUCGUGAAGAGAAUUUAAAAGAAUUAAAAUUGUUUAUUGCAAAUUGUCCAUCAGAAAAAGAUUUAACCAUUGAAACAGAUCGUGUGAUACAAUCAUUAUUUCAAACACCUAGUGGUGUAUCAAUUACAGUUGCUGAACAAAUUAUGGAGAAUAUGAAUAGAAUAAAUGAUCCUAUUCAAUCAGAAAAAAUUGGGGAUAAAAACGAACAGAAACACUUGUUAAUUGAAGAAGAUAAAAAAAGCACUUCUAGUCAAAUACCUCUUGCAAAUGAUUACAAUACUGGUCAUUCUAAAACUUGGGCAGAAUUAUUCUCAUUAGAAGUUGUUCAAUUAGAGUCAAGUUGUGAAAAUUUAGAAGUUAUGUGUAAACGUAUCAAAGAUAGACUAAUGGAACAACAAAAACGGUGGGCUAAAUUUGUUUCACUUCUUAUCCGGAUUGAUAAAUUUUUACGCAUAGAACUUUCUAAAUGGUGGUUGACAAAUUCGAAAAAAUUUAUCAAUAAUGCUGAUGGUACAGUGGCUACUAUUGAUGGUAACGCUGAUGAUAAUGAUAAGUGUGAUGUUGAUAAUGAUGACGAUGAUGAUGUAUCAAUCAAUGAUGAUAAAUCACUUCAGUCUGAAACUUCAAAAGAAGUAGAAUUAGUAUUUUAUGAAGAAAAUGUACUACUUCAAAAAAAUGAACAACAAACUAAAAUGCCAAAAUCAUCAUCAACAAUAACUUCCCCAUCUAUACAAGAAUUAUUAGCUCAAAUAACAAAUGUUAAAGCUAUGCACGCUAAAAUACAAAUUUAUCUACAAGAGCUGUCAGCUGUUAAGCACCGAUGUUCAACACCACCUCCUCGUCCAACCAUAUCUACAAAUAAUAAUAAUUAUUAUAAUAAAACCACUCAAAAUGUCAAUUUUGCUCUAUCUAUUAAUGAUUUACCAACUAAUAAUACUACAUCCACUAAUUAUGAGUUAUCCAAUAUGAAUGCGCAAAUAUCUGAAGAGAAAAUGCAUGCUUUAAGUGGUUUGGAACUACGUCGAAGAGCCUCCCAUAUGAAUGAACAACUUGAAAAAGAAUUAAAACAAUUAGAUAAAUAUAUUGAAAAUUUACAAGAUUUAAAAAUACGAUGGGAUCAACAACAUUUAUGUGAAAUAGAAUUUCUGAAUUGGUUACAUAAUAAACAAACUGAAUUUGAUCAAAUUAUUCAUUCACAACAUAAUCUAUCUCAUAAUGGGAAAAUACAUUCUAAUUCUGAGAAUAAUAAUAAUAAUAGUUAUUAUUAUUCACAAUUAUGUAAUUCAAUGGAUACAGUAUGUUUAGAAAAUUUACUCAAUGAAUUAAAUUCUAAAAAAUCAAUUAUUAAACAAUUAAAAUAUCAAUCAAAAUUAUUGAUUAAUAAUAAUAAUAAUAAAUCAAUUUAUUCACAUAAUAUUCAAUUAAUUGAACAUGAUUAUAAAAUAUUUAUCAAAAAAAUUCAAGAUCAUCUUAAACAUCGUCGUUUACUUACAAAUCAAGUUAUAGAAGCUACUAAAUUAACUGAUAAAUUACAUACGGAUUUACAUCAAGUUGUAAAACGUUCAAUAGGUAUUAAUAUUGUACAAUGUUCAAUGGAUAAGGAACUUAAAAAAAUUGGAUGGGAACAUUCCAAUGAAAGAUUCAAUGAUAUCAACAAAACAUCUAAUCAAUAUAAAAUCUCUAAACAACCAUCUUUUGGUGUAAGUAAUUCAAAUUUAUUAGUAUCAAGUUCAGAGAUAAAACAAUCUGAUCGAGUACCGACACCAAUUCCAUUGUCAGAUGUACAACCUCUAUCAUCAAUUAGUCAAUCAGAUUUUAAUACACAUAAACCUUUAGAAAUAAAUGUGAAAGGGUAA